AGCCACUCUUGGAAAACAAUCUCGAACACCAUUACGACAUCCCUCGAGCACACCCGGUUGGUUGGCUAAAAGUGGAUACUAAGGCGAUCCAGGCGAUCCACGAUCACGUGAUAACUCACAACAACAGGGUCUCGGUGUCUCACAGCGAUCACACCACGUGGAAUCUCCACAUAAAGAGCGUGCAGAAGGAAGACGAGGGACUGUACAUGUGCCAGAUUAAUACAGAUCCGAUGAAGAGUCAGACAGGUAUGUUGUCGAUUGUCGUGCCGCCGGACUUUAUUCCCGAGGAGACAUCGAGCGAUGUCAUGGUGCGCGAAGGAGGACAGGUGAAGUUAACGUGCCGUGCAAGAGGCGUGCCUCCACCCAGCAUAUCGUGGCGCAGAGAAGACGGGAAGAACAUUAUAAUUCGGAAGCCAUUUGCAGGAACCGCCUUGAACCAGAAGUCUCACGUGACCUCGGUGAGCGAGUACCACGGCGAGGAGCUGAAGCUGACAAAGAUAUCGAGAAACGAGAUGGGAGUCUAUCUGUGUAUCGCCAUCAACGGCGUGCCACCAGCGGUCAGCAAACGUAUUUCUAUCAACGUUCAUUUUUCGCCGGUAAUUCACGUACCUAAUCAACUGGUUGGUGCUCCUCUGGGUACGGACGUGGUCCUGGAAUGUUUUGUAGAAGCUUCGCCAAAGUCGAUUAAUUAUUGGGUCAAGGAUAACGCAAUGAUAAUAUCGAGCCAACAACACGACGUACAGAUGAUUGAAAAAUCAAAGUUUGAAGUCCGGAUGGUAUUGACUAUUCGCAAUUUACAAAAGGACAACGUAGGUACUUACAAGUGUGUGGCCAAAAAUUCUCUUGGUGACGUCGAGAGCAGCAUUCGAUUGUAUGAAAUUUCAGGCCCCACGAAAACUCAGACAGCAGCUCGGCCGCCGUUUUAUGACGAGGAAGAUGAAACGGUGUACGGCUCGGCAGAAAAAAUGGACAACAAACCUCUAUCCGUGGACAAUACGAUCAACGGACACGCGGGAUACCCAUCGGUUGCGACUCCAGUGCCGACGACAAGGAUCGGCAAGAAGAGGCCAAUUUCGAUCCAGGCCAAUUCCAACGCGAAUCGUCAUCGACGAGCCUCCGAUCUCCUGAUCGUACUGAUGUUGAUCGUCGCUCAAAGUCAAGGACGUCAGUAAACAGGGACGUCGGGGAAAAAGGUAACGCAAGAGAGGAUGGACACACGAGGACGGUCCUCCAUCCAGGUUCACUUCGUUUACCCGUUUACUUACUCGGUAAAGGCCAAGUAUGUAAGUACUUGUUACUUUCCCCUGCUGUAAGAGUACUUGUUCUUACAUCGUAGUUUCGACGGCGAGCAAAAUAUAUGAAAAUAAGCGAAAAAUAUAGAAAAA